AGUUUAAGUACCACUGGUUAUGAUAACCGUCAGAUCAUUUCCUAAUUAAUUUCCUCCGUUGAUUAUAUUAUCAGCUACUUAUUCAGUUGGUGAGAUAAUUAAAUCACCGCCAUCUCUUAUCUGCUCAGCCAUAAUUAUCUUUAACCUGCUCUUCUGUUUCGACAAUGGUCUUCGCCACCAACAAGAUGAACAGUUCCACCACCACCAACAGCUACUCCCCUUCAUUCUCCUCCACUUCCACCUCCUCCACUCCUCACCCAACCACCACCGCCGCCGCAACCGCAACCGCUCCUUCUCUUCUCUCCUCCCAUCAGAUUCUCACUCUUAAUUCUUAAUUCUUAAAAGGAGGUGGAUCGAUUUGUUUAUUGUUUGUUAAUGCAGGAAAGAUGUCUGAGGGAGAGAUACCGGUGAACGGUUUCGAUCAAGAAAACAAAGGAAAUUCUGAUUUAUUGCUGGAAAAGGUUGAUCCUGCAACUCCUGCUUCACUAACCUGGCAGCGAAAGCUAUAUAACGAGGAUAUUGAACUCAAACAAUUCAGUUUAAGUUUUCAGGAGAAGUUUCAAAUGGUAUUUCUGGCAACUGAUGAUGAUGAUGCUCCUGUUAUUUGUUUUCUUCUUCAAGAACAAAAGAAGUUGUUGUCAGUAAGGCUUCAGAGUCUUGAAAUCUAUAAUGAGAUAAUCUUUGAUGUUAAACCUGACAUGAGCUGGAGCAUUACUGCAAUUGCUGCUGAACCAGUGGCUGUAACACGACCAAGAGGGAAACUCAGACUGCUGCCAUAUUCAGAUAUCAUUGUUUUGGCCCCACAAAACACAAUUCUCCUCUAUAAUUCGCAAUGCGAGUCUUUGAGAUGGUUAGACAGAGAAAUGAGUGAUUAUUUGCUGAAGAAUGUGAAUGAGAUACGAAAGGAGCUUCAUGACUUGAAGAAUGCAGCUGAUGAAGCACGAGAGGAGCAAAUGGAGACAUUGAGAAGAAGAGAUCAGAUUAAUGAGUUGACGAAUGAAUUGAACGCAGAGCAUGCACGAGUUACUGAAGCUAAUGCUAGAAAUGCAACAAUGCUAGACCAAACUGAGACUUUGAGGGCAGAAAUUCAGUCGUUAUCGCACGAAAAUCGGUUAAUGAAAGAGGACCAUUUUGUGUUGAUUAAAGAUUGAUGUGCAUUGAAUCUUAAAUGGCAUAAGCUGCUGAAGUCAUUUACUGACCAAAAGUAUAUGCUUUGCAGUGAUGCAUUUUGGUGCUUUUAGAUGCUUCUAAUUUACGCGUGAAAAUUUUCAGAUGGAAGGACCAACUGGAGUGAUGAAGCAGUUGCAAGCAUUGCGGCAUAUCUUGGAAGUCACAGAUUAGAAAAUUUUCUUGCAUCUUAAAUUUCAGCAAAUUGCUCUGUUGGUAAAAUAUAUAUGUACUAUUAUUGAAGAAAUGAAGCGAUAAACUGGUUAGGAUCACAGAGAUUUCUGCCAAUUAAUUGGCAGUAUGGUAAGUGACUGAGAUGAUAGUUUAUAGGAGUGUUUGCCGUUUCUUGCUAUAAAGGCACAUCAACAAGAAAGCGCCUAACAAUUUGAAUAACCAAAGGAAUAUGAUUAAAAAUGUGAAAUUACAAAAUUGUAAAGAGCCUAUGGUUACACUUCUCUCAAUUAAAAUCACUCAGAAAAAAGUUCCGGCACAA